CCGGCGUGCACAUGGGCGGGGUCGCUUUUCUGGUAUAUAAAGGCAGACAGUAGGCGGCGCCAGGCAGUCCAGUGGGGGCUCAUCAGGUAGAAAGGUGCGGACCGGGAGGGAGUUGCUAAGAAAUCGGCAUCAUGAGCUCUGGAACCCCGUAUAUCGGAAGCAAAAUAAGCCUCAUUUCCAAGGCGCAGAUUCGCUAUGAGGGGAUUCUGUACACCAUCGACACCGAGAACUCCACUGUGGCCCUAGCCAAAGUGCGAUCCUUUGGGACUGAAGAUCGUCCGACUGACCGCCCUGCACCUCCUCGUGAAGAGGUGUACGAGUAUAUAAUAUUCAGGGGCAGCGACAUCAAAGACAUCACGGUGUGUGAGCCCCCGAAAGCCCAGCAUGCCUUACCCCAGGAUCCAGCCAUUGUUCAGUCAUCCCUGGGCUCUGCCUCCUCCACAUCCUAUCAGCCGUCUGUGCCUUACAGCCCGUUUCGUGGCAUGCCGUCUUAUGGCCAGCUUGCUGCCUCCUCUCUUCUCAGCCAGCAGUACGCUGCGUCCUUGGGUCUAGAGAAGCUGGUAAGCCCUUCUGCGUCAGCCGCAGCGUCCAGCUCCUCGUCCUCCCCAUCUCCACAGCCUGUGGCAUCGGAUCCUGACUUGCUGGCAGAGCCCCCGCACCUCUCUAAGGCUGGUUUCCCAUCAAUCCCAGUAAGGAAAAGUCCCAUGGUGGAGCAAGCAGUCCAGACGGGUCCAAUGGAGAAUAUGGCACAAAAGAAGCUCCAACCAGCAAAAGGGCCUCCUGUGAGCCAGCGGGGAAACAGACAGGGCCAGGCAGUGGGUCAACCUGCACCAAUAAGUGUACCACCUCAGACUGCACCGACACAGAAUAUGAUCAAUGAUGACAAUAGACGACCCCAGAGACGGAGAGGCAGUGUAUGCUUUGCAGUAUCUAUGUCGUCCUGUGACUCUUCAGGUAACAGACGGGCCAGGAAUCGCUCUCGGGGGCAGAACCGGCCAACCACAGUCAAAGAAAACGCGAUCAAGUUUGAUGGGGACUUUGAUUUUGAAAGUGCAAACGCUCAGUUCAAUCGGGAAGAACUGGAUAAAGAAUUCAAGGAUAAGCUAAACUUAAAAGAUGACAAGCCUGAGAAAGAGGGUGAUGAGAAGGGAGACUCUGGAGUGGAAACCCAGAAUAGUGAUGGGAAUCCAGAGGAAGAUCCCUUGGGACCCAAUAUAUAUUAUGACCGCACAAAGUCUUUCUUUGAUAAUAUUUCUUCGGAGAUGAAAUCCAGGCGUACCACAUGGGCAGAGGAGAAAAAGCUGAACACAGAAACAUUUGGGGUCUCUGGCAGAUUCCGUCGAGGCCGCAGCUUUCGUGGUGGGUUCAGAGGAGGAAGAGGUGGUGCCGUUCCAAGAAGAAACCAGACAACGCAGAGGGCUGGCACUGGGAGGGUGUAAAGACUUCUGUCAUUAAAAUGGACGAAAAAAGGGUUUUGUGUGUCCCUAACUGGACUAGUCUUCCAUAACUUCUUACCCCAACCUCCCCUCCUCCACCCCUCAAAAUGCAUUGUAGCAGCUCUGUAACCCUGCACUGGGCAGGAGAAGACCCUGCAUUGCUUUCAUCCAUAUAACACUGGUUUGUAUAGGCUGCAGAUUGGACAUGGCACAUAAGUGCGUGUGCGUAUAGAAGAGCAUAGCGGUGCUUUAUAGGGGCGUGGUAUAUUUCAGUUGAAGUGAGCAGUUAUAUUUUGGACCUCAGACAGGAGGUUUCUGUUUUGUACUUUUUAAUGUGUAAUUUUUUUCCACGCCAAUUGCCCUUUUAAGCGAGGGGGUUUUAAUGCCUUUUGUUUUGUGCUCGGACGAGCGAUCUGCUCACCCCUCCCUCUCCCCUACCCCCUUACAUGAAAUGUAACUCAAGUAUUCAGAAGUGUACCAAAGUAGGUUCAAUGUUAGGUGGCGGGUACAGACUCAACCCCCUCACUCUUUAGUUUUUGUUUUUUCUUCAUCAAAGCACUUUGUUCAUUGUCGCCAUGGUAGCCAGGUAGGAAGGCUAUGCAUGUGUGAAUCUAUGAACGCUAUUCUCAUAACACUAGACCAGACUGCUAGCCGACUGCCGAAACCAUGUAAUCUGGAAUAGUCACCCAAAAUGCAAAAAACACCCUCUCAUAUGUUGACCCAAUCCAAGGUUCUGUCAUGCAACUCUUCAGUUCUGCCAAAGCACAGCAUGACUUCUAAGUUACUGCCACAAGAUGACAAAGUUUGCA